AUGGAGUUCACGCACCCCAUCAGCUUGCAGGGGCAUGUUAAGAAUACUACAGCUUCCACAGUUGAGAAUACUACAAUUUCCAAACUCAGCUCAGAAGUUACAGCUUCCAAACUCAACUCAGAAGCUCAGUUAAUGGCUCAGCCAGUCUCAUUAACAGAUAUUGCAGUCGCAUCCACAUCAUCUCAGUUGGUUACAAAAAAGGGAGGGAGAGAGAGAGAGAGAGAGGGGAAGAGGGCUCGCAGUCGCCGCCCGAUCGUCGCCCGGCGUCCUCGCAACAGCUCAUCGCAGCGUCACCCGGCAUCGCCUCGCCCGAUCGUCGUCUCCGGCAGCCCCCGCCUCUGCCCGAUCGUCGUCUCCGCAGCCCGAUCGUCGUCUCCGGCAGCCCCCGCCUCUGCCCGAUCGUCGUCUCCGCAGCCCGAUCGUCGUCUCCGGCAGCCCCCGCCUCUGCCCGAUCGUCGUCUCCGCAGCCCGAUCGUCGUCUCCGGCAGCCCCCGCCUCUGCCCGAUCGUCGUCUCCGCAGCCCGAUCGUCGUCUCCGGCAGCCCCCGCCUCUGCCCGAUCGUCGUCUCCGCAGCCCGAUCGUCGUCUCCGGCAGCCCCCGCCUCUGCCCGAUCGUCGUCUCCGCAGCCCGAUCGUCGUCUCCGGCAGCCCCCGCCUCUGCCCGAUCGUCGUCUCCGCAGCCCGAUCGUCGUCUCCGGCAGCCCCCGCCUCUGCCCGAUCGUCGUCUCCGCAGCCCGAUCGUCGUCUCCGGCAGCCCCCGCCUCUGCCCGAUCGUCGUCUCCGCAGCCCGAUCGUCGUCUCCGGCAGCCCCCGCCUCUGCCCGAUCGUCGUCUCCGCAGCCCGAUCGUCGUCUCCGGCAGCCCCCGCCUCUGCCCGAUCGUCGUCUCCGCAGCCCGAUCGUCGUCUCCGGCAGCCCCCGCCUCUGCCCGAUCGUCGUCUCCGCAGCCCGAUCGUCGUCUCCGGCAGCCCCCGCCUCUGCCCGAUCGUCGUCUCCGCAGCCCGAUCGUCGUCUCCGGCAGCCCCCGCCUCUGCCCGAUCGUCGUCUCCGCAGCCCGAUCGUCGUCUCCGGCAGCCCCCGCCUCUGCCCGAUCGUCGUCUCCGCAGCCCGAUCGUCGUCUCCGGCAGCCCCCGCCUCUGCCCGAUCGUCGUCUCCGCAGCCCGAUCGUCGUCUCCGGCAGCCCCCGCCUCUGCCCGAUCGUCGUCUCCGCAGCCCGAUCGUCGUCUCCGGCAGCCCCUGCCUCUGCCUCGCCUCCGCCUCCUCCUCCCCUUGUAA